GGCGGCUAUUUCCGGCCAAGACGGUCCUUCGUGACCCAAGUCCGCAUCAUGCCCCAGUAGGGAGAGAGGCAGACCUUGCAGCUUCCAGAUUUCUGGGAGUCGACAGUGGUGCCAGAGCCAGGCAGGGUUCACUUGGCAGCUGUCUGUGCAUUUCCACCAACUGGAUGCAAGAGUGUUGACGCCGCCUUUAGGGUCCUCUGAGUGUGUGGGUGUGUGAUGACUCUUGUGGAGUGGAGGCGCUCGUCCUCCUUGUCAAGAGCUCAUUUUCUGCUCGGUGCUCUGAGCAAGCUCUGCUCGCUCUCUCCUCCUCUGUCUCUGUCUGUGUGUCUGUCUCUCUCCCUCUCUCUCUCUGUGUCUCUCUCUGUCUGUCUCUCUGUCUCUGUCUCUGUCUCUGUCUCUGUGUCUGUGUCUGUCUGUCUGUCUCUCGUCGGCUCACGCUGGAUCGCUCGCUCUCUCGCGCUCUCUGUCUCUCUCCCUGCGCGCCCCCCCCCCCGGCCCUCUCUGUCUCUGUUCUGUCUUUUUCCAGCUCUCUCUCCUGUUCCCACUUCAACUGCGGCCUGGCCCCAGCCAGAGGAGGAUUGUGUGAUCUCCCUGGCUGAGCCCUUCCCAUUGCUCUUCUGUGAGCAGACCCUUCCACCUUCCAGGGAAAGCAGCUCUAGGAAUGUGUGUUUCCCAAAGCCGCUUGUCUCCACUUGAGCCCUCCCUCCGCCCACAGGCUCGGCAGGGAUGUGCCGCCCACGGUCGAGCCUCCGCUCCCGAGAGCGUGCCUGGAGGAAUACUCCUGGACCUGCGCCACGGACGUCGGCCAGUCCGAGUCCUGCUGGACUCAGUCGAGCAGUGCCGUCUUCUGCUUCCAGGGCCUGGCCGUCUCCUCCCUGGCAGACACCCCCAGCCAACACACCGAUCCGGAGGACGACGGGGCGUCCAAGACGGCCUGUGUUGCAGGCUCAGCAGGGAUGUGCCGCCCACGGUCGAGCUUCCGCUCCUGAGAGCGUGCCUGAAGGACUACUUCUGGACAUGUGCCAUGGAUGUCGGCCAGUCCGCGUCCUGCUGGACUCAGUCGAGCAGUGCCAUCUUCUGCUUCCAGGGCCUGGCCGUCUCCUCCCUGGCAGACACCCCCAGCCAACACACCGAUCCGGAGGACGACGGGGGCGUCCAAGACGGCCUGUGUUGCAGAUACCAAGAUCUCUGGAACUAAGAAAAGAUAUUACUGAUUUGAAAGAAUCCACAUCACAAAAAGUACCAUUUUCACUUGAUGAAAAAUAUCUAAAACAGCAAAUCAAUUUAAAACCCAAAAAGAACAGUCAAGGGAUCCUAUGCUGAAGAUCAACAUCGCAACCACAAAGCACUCUCCAAAGUUUUUACUGCAAAGGCUGGUAUGACGGGAAAAAUCCCAGCCCUUCAGCUUCCAAUUGUGCUGAGUCACUGAGGAGACCCACACAUGGUUAUGAGAGACCUUAACCCUUGCUGCUCUCAGUUCCCAUCCUGCACAUCAGCAGAAUCAGGAGCAACUGGCAGAAGACAACAUGACAGACCGGGCGUUCUGUGCCACCCGCUGGGCUGUGCGAGGAGCAGACAGCACUAACUAUGCAGUGCUCUUGCUGACAACGUUUAGCCUGAAUUCAGUCAUGAGGGAGUCCUGAGACAAGUGCAGAAUUUAGACCACUGCACAAGACAACUGGCCUCACCUCUACUAACAAGGCAACAUCACCACAAAUGAGAUAGCAAAAGGCAGAGAGACUUU